AUGGUAGCCCCAAAGUUGUCCAUCAAGCCAACUCACAAGAGAGAGAAGAAGUUCAGAAGAUUUGAUGCUCACAAAUUCAAGAGAUUGGCACAAACCACCACAUGGAGAUAUCCACACGGUAUUGAUAACCCUCAAAGAAGACACUACAGAGGUCAUGGUGCCAUGCCAUCCGUUGGUUUUGGUACUGCUAAGGUUGUCAAGUAUCACGAUAGAAAGACCCGUUUGAUCCCAUACGUUGUUUCCAAUGCUAAGGAUCUUGAAGUGUUGUUGAUGCACAAUGAUAAGUAUGCUGCUGUCAUCAACCACCAAGUUGGUGCUCAAAAGAGAAAGCAAAUCGUCGAAAGAGCCAAGGAAUUGGAUAUCAAGCUUUUGAAUGCUACCGCCAGAUUGAAGACUGAAGAAACUCAAUAA